GGAUGCUCUGAACGCAGGACUGCAGCAUCUUCAGCGCCACCGCGAGCCGCACAAACCGUCUCUUUCUGUGUCUUCCUCCAGCCCCGGACCCCCGCCAUCACCCGCCAUCACCCGCCAGCCCGCCGACCCACGCGUGUCUCCACGGCACGAGCAGGGCAGGACGAGCCGGAAAUCUUUCCAAGCAGUCGGAUUUUUCUCGGACCACCUCGCGCUCCGGCUGGUUCGUCCUCUUUGUCUUGGGUUCUUGUUGUGUUCUCGCGGAGGAGCCGCCGGGCACGAGAGCUGCUUGCAGCGGGAUGACACGCGCGCACAGCACGCACGUGUGAAGCUUGAUGGAAGAGUAAAGAGCCGCCUGCUUUGAUUCGUGUUUCUCCGCAGGAGGAGCGCUCCUUUCUCUCUCUCUCCGUCUGUGCGCAGCAUCUCUCUGUACGCGGACACGCGCAGUCAACCUGCCCCGUGCGUCACAAACAAGGCGUAUUUCCUCCAUUCUUAAAGCUCCGUUCCGACGAUUCACCGUCCGCUCGGCUGCGCUGCGUAAAAUCUGAGAAGAAGAAAAAAAAAAAAAAAACGACGCAAAGGGGGGAUUUGAACGCACGCGCAGCUUAAAGCAUCCAAGAGCGAGCUCGAAAAUGAUGGCCGGCGGAGCAGUGCAGCAGAACGGCAUCUUCUCCAACCCGCACCAUCACAGUCAGCAGCCCCACAUGGAGUCCGACCCCCCGGAUUCACGGAAAAGACCCCUGGAGACCCCGACGGAGGCCAGCAGCACCAAGCGCACGAACACGGGAGUGGCCUUCCUGCAGCCCAUAUUUGAAUCUGAAGGCAUUGUUUACCCUCAACAAGAAACUGACACUCAUGAGGAAGGCGAGUACUUCCUGAAGGUUUUGAUUCCCAGCUAUGCAGCUGGUUCAAUCAUCGGGAAGGGAGGUCAGACCAUCGUCCAGCUGCAGAAAGAGACCGGAGCCACCAUCAAACUGUCCAAAUCUAAAGACUUCUACCCCGGCACGACAGAGCGCGUGUGUCUGAUCCAGGGGACGGUGGAGGCGCUCAACGGCGUCCAUGACUUCAUCGCCGAGAAGGUGAGGGAGAUGCCUCAGAGCACCCAGAAGACAGAGCCGGUCAGCAUCCUGCAGCCGCAGACCACCGUCAACCCGGACCGCGUCAAACAGGCCAAGCUGAUCGUCCCCAACAGUACGGCCGGGCUCAUCAUCGGGAAAGGUGGAGCUACGGUCAAAGCGGUGAUGGAGCAAUCUGGUGCAUGGGUCCAGCUCUCCCAGAAGCCCGAGGGCAUCAACCUGCAGGAGCGUGUGGUCACCAUCAGUGGUGAGCCGGAGCAGAACCGAAAGGCAGUGGAAAUCAUCGUCCAAAAGAUCCAGGAGGACCCGCAGAGUUCCUCCUGCCUCAACAUCUCCUACUCUAACGUCACAGGGCCUGUGGCCAACUCCAACCCCACCGGGUCCCCGUAUGCCAACUCCACCGAGGUGAUGCCGGCGGCAGCAGCCGCCGCGGCAGCUACAGCUUCUUCUCUGCUCGGUCAGGCAGGUUUGGCUGGAGUUGGAGCCUUCCCGACCACCAUGUCCAGCUUCUCAGGCAACGACCUGCUCGCCAUCUCCUCCGCCCUCAACACUCUGGCCAGCUACGGGUACAACACCAACUCUCUGGGCUUGGGGCUGAACCCAGCAGCAGCUUCAGGGGUGUUAGCCGCCGUGGCGGCCAACGCCAACCCAGCAGCAGCAGCCGCAGCCAAUUUAUUAGCAUCCUAUGCCAGUGAUGCGUCCACCAGCGCAGCUCACCCUGCAGCCAGUCUCGGGGGCCUCUCUCUGGGAUCCUUAGCUGCAGCUACCGGCGCCACCAACGGCUACCUGAGCGCUGCGUCCCCACUCAUGGCGUCGUCUCUACUGGCGACAGAAAAGCUUGCAGAAGGAGCGAAGGAAGUGGUUGAGAUCGCCGUGCCAGAAAACCUGGUUGGAGCCAUUUUGGGGAAAGGAGGGAAGACGCUAGUGGAGUACCAGGAGCUGACCGGCGCCAGGAUCCAGAUCUCCAAGAAAGGCGAGUUCAUUCCAGGAACCCGGAACAGGAAGGUGACCAUCACGGGCUCACAGGCCGCCACGCAGGCCGCACAGUACCUGAUCAGCCAGCGGAUCACCUACGAGCAGGGGGUACGCGCCACCAACCCACAGAAGGUGGGCUAAACCUGACAGCCAAUGAGAAACGAGGAGGAAAAGAGGAAAAAAGAGAAACGAAAGGGGGCUCGGGGGAGGAGAAUUUAAAGAAAAAGCGAGAGUGUGAAAGGAAAAUGGAGAGGAGGUCAAAAAUGUUGGAAGGAAUCGGUUUUCUUCUGCGUGUUUUCAGUAUUAAAAAAAAAGUUUUUGACACAAAAGCAAAAUGUGCGGAGAAGAUGAGGAGGGAGAGGAGCGCCGAAAAACCAAGAAAAAAAUGUGUAAAAUGUAAAUAAGUUUUAUUACUUAACGUCUUGACCUUUUGGGAUUUUUAUUGUUCGUUUUGUUUCGUUCAGUAAAUUAAGCUGUCUGUUCGUGUGUUGUGUGGACAGAGCUGAAUGCCUGAGAGCCUACGGGGGGGAGGGAGGCAGGGGGGGCAGAGAGGGGGAGGGUUGGUGUUUUUACAGGGUACAACCCUCCACCCCCUCAAACCCUGAAUCCUGUAAGGAAGCAACCCUUACCCUUCCCUCCUCCCCCCCCCCUCAGCCCACGUCCCAUAUUCUACAGCAGGGCUUCUGUUUUUCUUCUAGAUCUGCCCCACCUCCCUCAAAUCCCCUCCCCCCACUCUUUUGCCCCGCCCUUUUUAUCAAAAACUUUGUAAUGAGCAAGAAGCUGUGUGGAAGAAGAAACGUCCCGACUCCCCCCACCUUUACUCUCCCUCCUGUAUCGGAUCUCACCUCCCCGCCGGGACAGGACCGGUGGGUGAGGUGGAUCUGAGGGGAGGUGUGUGGUGGGGAGGGGUUAACGUUUUUUUGUUCGCACACACACACACACACAUGCACACACACACACACGCCCGUACAACCUGUGAUGC